ACUGGUUCUCUAACUGCAGGAUUUUAUUCCCUUAGCAAUGAUGUAUGUUCAGGACCUAAUUUAACAUUCUGGAUAUGAGCAAGGAGUCAAGAGGACAAGGGAAUAGUUCUUUACUUUCUACUUAUCCCCCCUCUUUUAUCCAGGAGAGGUCAAACAAGACUUCUAAGAUACUGUGAAUAUAAUAAAAUAAAAACAUUUCAGCACUUUCUCUUUGCUCCACUCCACCUUAAGGCUGGAACUAGAUUUGUUUAUUCUGUGUUGGAGGCUAGGUUCAGUUGAGAAAUAAUUAUACAUAUUCUGCCAUGCCAGGGGUCGAUAACCCCAGGCCAAGGGGGGUGAGCUGACACAUCAAAGCUAAGGAAAGAGAGACAUUCCUCAUGGGGGUGGUCCCCAGGCAGAGCCUCCCCUUUUAUAUAAACUGCCUGCUAGAGGCUCAGUCCUCAUUCCUUCUUCCCUCUUAUCCUGAGUCACCUUUUAGAACUUAGGCAUUGAGCACCAUGGGGACUCCAAAUGAUCAGGCUGUGUUGCAGGCCAUCUUCAAUCCUGAUACCCCAUUUGGAGAUGUUUUUGGGUUUGACCUGGGAGAGGAAGCGGAGAAGGAAGAAGCAGAUGAAGAUGGAGUUUUCCCAGGAGCCCAGCUGGAGCAAUCAAAGGCCCUAGAGCUUCAGGGAGUGAUAGCAGCAGAGGCUGGGGACCUCAGCACAGCCCUGGAAAGGUUUGGCCAAGCCAUCUGCCUGCUGCCUGAGAGAGCCUCAGCCUACAACAAUCGUGCCCAGGCCCGGAGGCUCCAGGGAGAUACAGCAGGUGCCCAGGCGGACCUGGACCGCGCCCUGGCGCUGAGUGGCGGCCGGGGUCGCGCCGCCCGCCAAGGCUUCGUGCAGCGAGGGCUCCUGGCGCGGCUGCAGGGCCGAGACGACGACGCCCGUAGGGACUUCGAGCAGGCGGCACGGCUGGGCAGUCCCUUCGCGCGGCGCCAGCUUGUGCUGCUCAACCCGUACGCCGCGCUGUGCAACCGCAUGCUGGCCGACAUGAUGGGGCAGCUGCGCAGUCCCCGCAACGGGCGCUGAACUCGUCAGUCCGGGGACGGGAGGGGGCCUGAAUCAAUAAAGCUGCGGAGCCUCA